GCGGCGGCCGCUCAAGGAGGCGCCAUGGAGGCCGAGGCGGCCCCGGAGCGCGCCGGCCCGAGCGGGGCGCCCGACGAGGACGCGAGGGCCCUGGACGAGUUCGUGGCCCUGCACGGCCCCGCGCUGCGCGCCUCUGGGGUCCCCGAGCGGUACUGGGGCCGCCUCCUGCACAAGCUGGAGCACGAGGUUUUCGAUGCAGGGGACUGGUUUGGAAUAAUGCAAGUAGAAGAGGCAGAGGAAGAGGAGGAUGAGGCGGCCCAGGAGGUGCGGAGGAAGCAGCCCAACCCGGGCAGCGAGAUGUGCUACAAGGUCAUUGUGACCAGCGAGAACGGGCUCCAGGCUGCUGACCCCAACAGCAUCUUCCUCAUUGACCACGCCUGGACGUGCCGCGUGCAGCAUGCCCGCCAGCAGCUGCAGCAGGUGCCAGGGCUGCUGCACCGCAUGGCCAGCCUGAUGGGUGUCGAUUUCCAUGGCGAGCUGCCCAGCACGGAGGCCGUGGCCCUGGUGCUGGAGGAGAUGUGGAAGUUCAACCAGACCUACCAGCUGUCCCACGGGACCGCCGAGGAGAAGGUGCCAGUAUGGUACAUCAUGGACGAGUUUGGCUCACGGAUCCAGCACGCGGACGUGCCCAGCUUUGCCACUGCGCCCUUCUUCUACAUACCCCAGCAGGUGGCCUACACACUGCUGUGGCCCCUGCGGGACCUGGACACAGGCGAGGAAGUGACCCGGGACUUUGCCUACGGAGAGACGGACCCCCUAAUCCGGAAGUGCAUGCUGCUGCCCUGGGUCCCCGCCGACCUGCUGGACCUCAGCUAUUCCACGCCUGAGCCGCCUGCCGACUACUACCAGGCCAUCCUGGAAGAAAACAAGGAGAAGCUGCCACUACCCAUCAGCCCGACAGCGCGUCCCAGUGACCACGUCUUCAAGGUCUACACCGACAUGCGCCAGGUGCUCAGCCACCUCUCCCACCCCCGCUUCGUCUUCACCCAGAGCGAGGCCGACGCCGACAUCCUGUACAACUUCUCCCACUUCAAGGAUUACAGGAAGCUGAGCCAGGAGCGGCCAGAAGUGCUGCUGAACCAGUUCCCCUGUGAGAACCUGCUGACGGUGAAGGACUGCCUGGCCUCCAUCGCGCGCCGGGCUGGGGGCUCUGAAGGGCCCCCCUGGCUGCCCCGUACCUUCAACCUGCGCACAGAGCUGCCCCAGUUUAUCAGCUACUUCCAGCAACGGGAGAGGCGGGGCGAAGACAACCACUGGAUCUGCAAGCCCUGGAACCUGGCCCGCAGCCUGGACACGCACAUCACCAGGAGCUUGUGUAGCAUCAUCCGGCACCGGGAGAGCACCCCCAAGGUGGUGUCCAAGUACAUCGAGAGCCCCGUCCUGUUCCUACGAGAAGAUGUGGGCAAGGUCAAGUUCGACAUCCGCUAUGUGGUGCUGCUACGGGCCGUGCAGCCCCUUACCCUGUUUGUGUACGACGUGUUCUGGCUGCGCUUCUCCAACCGGCCCUUCGCCCUCGACGACCUGGAUGACUACGAGAAACAUUUCACUGUCAUGAACUACGACCCAAAUGUGGUGCUUAAACAGGUACACUAUGACGAGUUCAUCCCUGAGUUUGAGAAGCAAUACCCUGAGUUCCCCUGGAGUGGUGUCCAGGCCGAGAUCUUCCAGGCCCUCAGGGAGCUGUUCCAGGUGGCUUGUGCCCGGCCCCCCCCCAUGGGCCUCUGCGACUACCCCUCCUCGCGGGCCGUCUAUGCCGUCGACCUCAUGCUCAAGUGGGGCAGCCAGGCAGAUGGGCGGCGAGUGAUGCAGCCACAGAUCCUGGAGGUGAACUUCAACCCAGACUGCGAGCGGGCCUGCAGGUACCACCCCAGCUUCUUCAACGACGUCUUCAGCACCUUGUUUCUGGACCAACCCAAUGACUGCCACAUCACCCGCCUGCUCUAGGCGCUGGCAGCCAGGGCCCCAGCCCUCCCACCUCUCCUCCCUGCCCCCUCUCUGAAGCCCUUGGCCCUGCUGUACACCCUGGGGGCGCAGGAUCCUCCCCAGGCAGCUGAGCUGCACCCCAGGCCUACAGUCCCCAGCUCAGCCGAGGGCUCAGUUCUGGAUGCCAGGAGAGGCUGUGUUGGCAGUACCUCUGGGAGGCGCGGGCCACUCUAUGGGACAGGCAGGCCAGCCCAGCUCUUGAUCCUCUUUGCUGCAUUGGUACCCCAGGUUCUGUGGGAUGGGGCAAAGCCUUAGCCCCCAUCCCAGCUCUACCAGCAAACCUCCCAGCAGGCUCCAGCUGGGAGGGGCUUUCCCCUUCCUCUGGGAAGUCAGACCAUAUUGUCCCUGCCUGGCAGCCCCUGGGCACACCACCAGGCGCAGCCUUGUCUGAGGGUCUUGGGAUGCCCCAGGCAGUGGGCAGCCAGGAAGUGCUGCUUCCAGGGCACCUUGGUGCCAAGGCCAGCAGCCAUCUACCAGGAGCCCGAGUGUAGGGCUCUCAUUAGUGUUUAUUAAUGGGGGAGAAGGUAAAAUUCUGUUGUUUCCUUGUCUGAGUUCGAGGCAGCUGCCAGCAUGUUGUGCAGCCAACUCUCCAAUGGGCGGGAGCUGCUUCCAGAACAUUCCAGGAGCAGAAGGGUGGGGCCUGGUGGCAGUAGUUUCAUUUUUGAAGCAAAAUAGUGUUCCUCCUAUAGUAAAACUGGAUGUGUCUGCACCUCCCAAACCUGGGUUGGCUGGGGCACCUUGGCCACCACAGAGCAGCCCCCUGCUGGGGCGCCCCUGCCCCCAAGCCUUCAGUAUUGUACCACAAUAAAACGUGCCUUCUUUUA